CGCACAUAUGAUUUUCCGCAUCCUUCUGUUCUGUUAUUCUCUCUUGUAUUACUUCCCACAAAUUUCUCUCAUCAAAUAUCUUACAAACAAACAACAAUAACAAUAACAACAAUACUACUAACAACAAUAACAACAACAACAACAACAACAACAAUCCUCUCCUUCUCCUUCUCCUUCUGUUCUGGUUAUGGGUUCAUUCUCAUUCUCAUUCUCAUAUUCAAUACCAAUAUGGAAUUUUCCUUUUUAAUCCCGACAUUCCUCUCCUUCUCAUUCUGAAUUCAUUCAUCUUCUUUCUACCCAAACAACAACAACAACAACAACAACAAUAACAACAGCAACAUUGGGUGGGUCGAUGAAUGGUUGGGUUGGGUGAGGGAUGAAUCAAUUUAAAUGAAUGAACCAAUCAAACAGACAGACAGACAGACAUGGCAGGGUUAACACCAUUGCCGUCAGACCUGAAUUUGAUUGAUUCACACACCCCUUGCUGAAUCUCCCGUUGAGGGAACUGCAUGCACAUUGUUCAUGUUUUGAAAUCCCAAGAGCCAAGAUUCAUAUGAGAUGAGCCACAUAUCAUCAGAAGGACCAUGUGAAUCUAGUAAAAUGGAUCUGGUUUCCAAGAGUACUACCAGUUCAACCCCUAACUGGCCAGAUGAUCCUAAAAAAUUAGAGCAAAUAGAAAAAAAUAAUGUCAAUUUGACCCAUAGUUUUCCAUGUGGACCUGGAUAUAUGGAUCCAAUUUCCAAAAAUUAUGCAAAUCCAGAAAGUAAUCAAUACCCGUUGCCAAGUCCAAAGAUGCCUGAUGCAGAUAGUAAUCCCAUUUCCAAAUUGGACCUAGUUGCAAAGCCUUGUGUCUCUGCUACUAAUCCAUGCCUGUUGCCAAGUCCAAAUGCGGUUGCAAAUUCUGAACUCCUAACAGCAACAUCAACAGGGAUAGCAGCAACAAUACCAGUUAACGCGAAGGCAAGUGAUGCUAAAGGUAGUCAACCAGUCACCAAUUUUGGACGAGGGAGUGGCAAUAGCAACCGUAGUGACAGUUUAGAGAGCACCAGUGCACCCCUUAAGCCCCACACUGGUGGUGAUGGGCGAUGGGAUGCCAUUAACUUGGCUUCUUCCAAAGAUUCCCCUCUUGGUCUUAGCCACUUUAGGCUCCUAAAGCGGCUUGGAUAUGGAGACAUAGGAAGCGUCUAUCUUGUUGAGCUCAGAGGAACCAAUACCUUCUUUGCUAUGAAAGUCAUGGACAAGGGAUCUCUUGCAAGCAGAAACAAGCUUCUUCGAGCUCAAACGGAGAGGGAGAUUCUUGGUCUUCUUGACCACCCAUUUCUGCCCACUUUAUAUUCAUAUUUUGAGACUGAAAAGUUCUAUUGCUUGGUCAUGGAGUUUUGCAGUGGGGGUAAUCUUCACACUCUUCGACAAAAGCAACCAAAUAAGUAUUUCACAGAGGAGGCUGCCAGGUUCUAUGUAUCAGAGGUGUUGUUGGCACUUGAGUAUCUGCACAUGUUGGGUAUUGUGUACAGGGAUCUGAAGCCAGAAAAUGUGCUAGUAAGAGAUGAGGGUCAUAUCAUGCUCUCUGAUUUUGAUCUAUCACUUCGUUGUUCCGUCAAUCCAACUCUUGUCAAGUCUUCAUCUGUACAUGUAGGCAACGGCGGUGGUGGUGGCUCUGGUGGCAUUUUGGAUGACAAAUAUGCUGUGCAUGGUUGUAUCCAACCAUCGACUUUUCUUCCACGCAUCCUACCUGCAAAGAAGAAUCGCAAAUCGAAAUCAGAUUUUGGCCUCUUUGUUGGAGGAUCUCUCCCAGAACUAAUGGCAGAGCCCACCAACGUGCGCUCAAUGUCAUUUGUCGGGACCCAUGAAUAUCUAGCCCCAGAGAUUAUACGUGGAGAGGGUCAUGGUAGUGCAGUGGACUGGUGGACAUUUGGCAUUUUCUUAUAUGAGCUAUUGCAUGGGACAACCCCUUUCAAGGGCUCAGGAAAUCGUGCCACACUUUUUAAUGUUGUAGGCCAGCCAUUAAGGUUCCCUGAAACUCCACAAGCGAGUUUUAUGGCACGUGAUCUUAUACGGGGACUCUUGAUAAAGGAACCACAUAAACGGAUCGCAUAUAGAAGGGGUGCAACAGAAAUAAAACAACACCCAUUCUUUGAGGGUGUGAACUGGGCUUUGGUGAGGAGUGCAAUGCCUCCCCACAUUCCUGAACCUGUAGAUUUUGGCCAUUUUGCUAGUAAAGAGACAACGCAAGCAGAUAAGAAAAUGGCUGAAAUUGAAGCUGAUGGAAACAGGAGUAGUUCUAAUGAUUCUUCAUAUGUUGAUUUUGAGUACUUUUAGGAAUUUGAACUACUUGGAUGGUAAUAUAAUAUUUAUUUUCCAAGCUAAGUUAUGUUGUACAAAGUGCAAAAUGACAUCUCAUUAUUAUGAUUGCUAAGACUGUAAUGAAGAAAGCUUAUUAUGGAGACAAAACGUUAAUGGUUUGCUAGCGGCAAGGAGGAAUGUGUAUUGUGUUUGCAGGGUGUUCUUGUUUUUUCUCUUCCCUUUAAGAUUUUUUUGCUUAUAUGAUUUUAUGAGCAUAUCACUCGUUACAAUCUUCUAGUUGAGGUUUGCUUUCCAGGCUUCUAAAAGCAGAAAGAAUG